UAAAAAUCCCAAUCUUUUUCAUUCGUCUUUCUCUCUCUCUCUCUCUCUUUGUCCUCCCACCAAAUCUGACCGUCGACGGAGCUCAGGGCCUACUCCUUGCUGAUCAAUCUUCGAUCUCUUCCUCUCUCUAAAAAAAAAAAAAAAAAAAAAAAUCCAAAAGAAAUCUGAGAAAUGAAUUGGAUCAAUCGCAAGAUCCAUCUCUACAAUGUGACGAUGGGCCUCUAUAUGCUCGAUUGGUGGGAGCGGUUCCUCUUCAAUACGCUGAUGCUCGUGUUGCUCUGGUUCAUCUUCUACAAUGGAUCUCGAUCCGCGUCAGAGUUCUACACCAACCAUGUGAAGCCGAAGCUCUUGGAUGGUGGAAAUUUUGGCAUUGGAAGGAACACGUUGUCCUAAUUGAUGAUGGAGGGUAAUAACAGAACUACAUGUUGUUCACAAUUUGGAACAUGUCAUAGUGCUUCAAUUUCUAUUUAAGACUUAAGUAUUUAUAUAGUGUGUCUCCACUGUGAACUAUUACACUGUUGUACCAUAUAAUUCUCUUGGAAUAUUUUGCUAACAAUUUUCUCCAUGUUUAUCUUUGUAUAACUGAAAUUAUUGAUUCUGAUGACCGUGGUUUCCAGUAUAUCAAUUUGUUAAUUGCAA